UAUGCCUAAAAUAUCAUCGGACAAGAAGCUUUUCUUUAAACUAUUAGGAAAAGAAUUAAAUGAGGAAGAAUUGGAAGAGUUACUUUUCAGAUUCGGUAUAGAAGCAGAAGAAAGAGAGGAAGAACCAGAUCUUUUAUAUUUUGAAAUUGCAGCUAAUAGACCUGAUUUAUUAUGCAUUGAAAAUUUAGUACAUGCAUUAAGAAUAUAUAUGGGAUUGGAAAAAAAAAGAAUCUAUAGUUUUACUCCUGCAAAAGAAACAAUUUAUGUGAAAGCUGCAGUAUUAAUAUAAUAUAUAUUGUAUAGACACAAUAAAUUAGACCAUUUGUUGUUGGAGCAAUAUUGAGAGAUGUUACUUUAACAGAAGAUAGUUUUAAAUCCUUUUUAUCAUUUCAAGAUAAAAUUCAUUAAAAUUAUGCUAGAAAAAGAACUCUAGUUUCUAUUGGAACUCAUGAUUUAGAUAAAAUAGAAGGUCCAUUCUUUUAUGAUGCAUAAGCACCUUAAGAUAUUGUAUUUUAAGCACUAAAAUAAACUGAACAAAUGAAUUGCAUUGAUUUAUUUAAUAAAUUAAGAGUAAUUAUAUUCCUAAUUAAUAAUAGGAAGAUUAAUACUUAAAAGGUUAUUUGAAGAUAAUUGAAAAUUCACCUGUUUAUCCUGUUAUUUAUGAUAAUUAAAAGAGAGUUUGUUCAUUACCACCAAUAAUUAAUGGAGAGCAUUCUAAAAUGUCAGCAGAAACAAAAAAUAUUCUUAUUGAAGUCACAGCAAUAGAUGAAUAAAGAGCUUUAGAUACUUUAAAUUGUUUGAUUAGUGGAUUUGCUAUAUACAAUAAUAAAUUAAAUAUUGAAAAAGUUAAUAUUGUUUAUGAAUCAAAUAAUAAAUAAGUUGUUACACCUGUAGUAGAUGAAAGAACAUUAACAACAAAUAUUUAAUAUAUUAAUAAAGUUUUGGGAAUAAAUAUUAGUAUAUAAAUUAAUAAUUAUAUUAGCAACUUAAUAAGCAAGUGAUCUAUUGUCAAUUAUCGGUAUAUAAAGUGUAGCUAAAGAUGAUAAUAUUUUAGAUUGUUAAGUACCAUUUUAUAGAAGUGAUAUACUUUAAUAAUGUGAUAUUGCUGAAGAAAUAGGAAUUGCUUAUGAUUAUAAUAAAAUAGAAUUUAAAGUACCAGAGACUGCAACAACUGGAUCAGAAUAUAGAUUAAAUAAAUUAUCAGAUAUGGUAAGAGAAGAAGUGGCUUUAUGUGGUUUUGUAGAAUGUUUAAAUUUCGUAUUAAUGUCAAUAGAUGAAUAAACUAAAAUGUUAAAUAGACCAAAUUUAUAAAAUUAUGUGUCUAUCAACAAUUCUAAAACUCCAUAAUUUUAAUCAGUGAGAUCAACUCUCAUUCCAGGAAUUUUACACACUUUAUAAGCUAAUUCUGAUAGCAAAUUACCAAUUAAAUUAUUUGAAGUUUCAGAUGUUUGUGUUAAAGGAUUGAAAUCAGAAAAAGAUGGAUUUUAAAAAGGAGAAGGAUAAGUUGGAGCUUAUAAUUAAAGAAAUUUAGUUGCCAUUCAUUCUAGUAGUAAAAAAAGUGAGUUAGAAAUCUUACAUGGUUUGUUAGAUUAAUUAAUGAUAAAACUCAGAGUUAAAAAGACAGAUUAUCACUUGAAAUAAUCAAAUGGUAAAAUAUAUUUUGAAUUUAGAUCCUUUGUUCUUCCAUUAAUUAUAAGCCUAAAUUAUUUAUAAAGAUCAACCAAUCGGAGGUUUGGGAGUAGUUCAUCCAGAAGUAUUAGAAAGAUUUGAUUGGAAAUAUCCUGUAACAUUAUUAGAAAUGAACAUUCAGGUAAUUUUGAAUGAUUUCUGAA